UAAAUCCUUUAAGCGAUACACCCAUAAAUAAAUAUUGCUUUGAUCAAACGGAAAAAUUCUUUCCAAAUGCGCUUAAAAGUAUGUAUUUAGACAAAGUGUAUAGUGAGGAAAAAGUAAAUUUGACUCUCGAAAUAUUCAAUGAAUUGAAAAGAACGUUUAUUACUGAAUUGAAUACGAUAGAUUGGCUAGACCUGCCCUCCAGGAACGCUAUAAUUAGCAAAAUUACGAAAAUGACCCUCAUUCCAGAUCAGCCUGAUAGCAUUGUUGAAGAUCUUGCGACUCUGCGGACAAGUUUAAAAGAUGAUAGGAAUGUGACUUAUCAGCUAGGAUCCCGGAUUAUUACCUCAGAUCAAGUCUUCUUUAUGGCAUUGGCUCAAGAAUUUUGUGAAAUCAGAUCUCCUUUAAUAGCCAGUCGGCCAGAAUUGUUUGAACAUCUUCCCAGUGAUAUUAGAAUAAAUGACCUCUUGUUAGAAUAUGGACCUUUUUUGGAAGCCUGGCAUUGUGGUGAGAAAUAUCCAACACAAUAUUCUCCGCAUAGAUGCUCUCUAUGGUAGACAAUUUUUUGCCGCUAAUUUUAUAUAUAUGAUUGUAGUAAAAAAAAUAUAG